ACCCGUCCGUUGUAUUGUUGUGUAUUCCACGCGUUUGUCUCACCGUUAAGAUUUUAGCAUAUUGAUCUAGAUAAGUUAGGGUACAUAACAAGUCAAUUUCAUUAUCUAAAACAGUAUUUCAAGUUUUCCAGUGGCGUCAGAGCUAUGUGGGUGAUAUGGUAUUCAAGAUCAGCUGGUAUAUAGCAGGUGGAGGGCAUCCCUAUAGCUCAUUUAUAUGUCAGAUAUAAGACCGACGGGUUAAGUAAUUCAGUGACAUAUUUGAAUUUUAAGUUAUCAUGAACGUGUUAGGUGUAGUUUUUGUUUUGGUGUCCGUAGGGCAUGCGUCUUCCGGAUACAAAUUUGGCAUAGGUAAAGACGAGUUGGACACGUCGUCCAUAAUCCUGUCCGAGCGAGUGCCGGUGGAGCCCUCGGGCCCGGGGCUGGCUGACGAGUACCCGCGGCCGCAGGGCUCCGACCGCAUCGUGGGCGGCCAGGAGACCACCAUCGAGGAGCACCCCUACCAGGUGUCGUUCAUCGUGAACAACUCGUACUUCUGCGGCGGGUUCAUCGUCAGCGAGGACUACAUCCUCACGGCCGGACACUGCGCGCAGAAUGUGGACCCAUCAACAGUGGUGCUUCGAGCGGGCAGCACGUGGCGUCGCAACGGCACCGUCAUCCCCAUAGCGUCCGUCACGCCGCACCCGAACUAUGACGAGCCGGCCUUCGACAAGGACGUGGCCGUCAUGAAGACGGCGGAGAAGAUCAACUUUACUGAGGCUAUACAGCCUAUACCGCUGGCGCCGCUCGGCCGGCCCAUGAGGGGCGGCAGUGACAUCGUGGUCAGCGGGUGGGGCCGGACGCAGUUCGGCGCGGCCACGAUCCCGGAGCGGCUGAUGGACGUUCAGAUCCCGGUGGUGAGCCACCUGCAGUGCCGCCUGGUCUACUUCUCCGUGCUCACCGACAACGAGUUCUGCGCCGGGAACUUCUUCCUCGGCGGGAAGGGCACUUGCCAGGGCGAUUCUGGCGGCGCGGCGAUCCAAGACGGAAUGGCGGUAGGCAUAGUUUCGUACGGGCGCGGCUGCGGCCAGGCGCUGUCGCCGAGUGUCUUCGCCGACAUCGCCUCCAAACCCAUCCGGGACUUCAUCAAGGAACAAACCGGACUCUAGUGAUGUACAGUACGCUUCAACAUGGAAGAUGGAACUGAGGCUUUUGUAUACUGGAUAAAUGUGUUUAGAAUAGAUAAUU